GGCCGAGGGAGCGGUCCGCCUCCUCCGCCGCCAACGUCGCAGCAUCUAUAGUUAUUUUUGAGGAGUCCGAGGGGAGAGAUGCCGCGUCCGUCGAGAGCUGCCAGUCGACAGGCGGGCAACAAAUACAAAGAUGAGAGUGAGAGCAGUGACUCCGAGGACUGGGAUGAAGAGGAAGAUCCAGAUAAUAUGAAUGUCCCAGGUGGCGGGACCAACCUAGGCGUGCUGAAGGGAGAAGAUCAGCCAGUGAAGAGUGAACCGUCCACCAGCCUCCCCUCCUUUGGGGCCAGCAGCUCGGGCAUCAACCUCAACUCCCUUCUAUCUCAAUCACAGCCGCCUCUCACCCCUAAGCCAGAUCUGCUGAGCACUGCACUCUCAUCAUCAGGUCUAGAAGGCAUGGCAGGGGCGGCUGCUGGCCUACAGAACCGUGCAGCCCUUCAGCAACAACUACUGCAGCGAGGGCUGGUGACCAAGGCUGCUUACUCACCCGGCUACCAAGUAAUUCGCCCUGACGGCCACCUACAACAGAGAGCAAGCAUGGGCAUGAUGGGGGGCCUAGGAAUGAUGGGUGGCAACCCACUGCAGUCUCUCCUAGCCCUGCGAGCACCAGGCCUUGACAUGGGUAACCCAGUUAUUGCGCAGCUCAUGAUGCAACAGGCCAUGAGCAUGUCACAGACAGGAGCCCCCCAAGUGCAGAAGCUGAUGGGGAUGUACCCAGGG